CUUGUCGAGAAGUCCAGCUUCUGCUUUCAAUUUGGUUUUUCCUGGUUCCUUUGUAACCUAUUAAGGGUGGCAGAAUAAAUAAGUCUACAACAGCAAUCUUCGUUAGGGGUUUGAAGAGAGAAAAAUAACCGCAAUGUGCCAAAAUGGUAACUAUAUCCGAGUCAUCUGUAUAUACAUCUGUCCCCCAUAUUUCUCGUUUACUAAGACGCGGAUUGAUUGCAGCAUUCAACCAUUUAGCAUCAAUUUCUAUUCGGAUAAAUUUGCCAAUUGCAUUGUACAGUAACGGCAACUCAAACCAUGGAGUAUAGACGAACUGAGCAACAGGUUCAUUUCCAGACGAUAAGCAUGUCUCUAAAAAAGUAUCGAGGGCAGAAUUGUCGAUAUCAAUUGGAGGGGAUACAAAUUGACGAACAGGAAUCUGGGAAUACGCAUAAGAUAAUUUACUGACGCCAUCGUAACUCUGAGGCGCUCCAUACGCUGAGCUCGAAUAGGGCCACGGCGUGGAACCUGGUAUUACUGGUGAACCUGUCGGUGCACCUUGGUGAGAGGUAAAAGCUGCCGUUGGUUCUCCAGUACCACUGAAUUGCUGUAAGCUUUUCUUUUCGUCUUCAGGCUUUCCUUGCUCUCCUUCUACUUUUGUCUUUUUUUCCGAAUGACUACUGGACGUAGGGGAAUUUAUUGGUCGUUUCUCUGACGACGUCGGUGUUGAAGUUGCCAUUGGCACUGCUUCUGUAUGAGCAGACUCAAUUUCACUUUGAUGAGAAGUAAUCGUCUCGGGACUUUUCGGGCUUUGGGGGUUUUCUAAAAUAGACCCAAUCGAUAAUACUGAGAAUCCUACCUUCUCUGUUUUUGGUGUUCUUUGCAUACUAUUCUCAUUGCUGGUUUCUUGAUGUUGUUCUUUACUAGCACUUCAAUUAGAAUGUGUAGCCCCUAAGCUUCUUACCUGGCAGGUUGUGUCGACUGUUGAUUUUCCAUGAAUAUUGUAUUUGUUUUCACAUUCUGUUGUAUUUACAUGUUUCGACGCGAAUCUUCUGCAGAAUACCGAACUCGAAGACAGUGCAGCACAGCAGUAAUGUCAUAGACGACAGACAGUAUUCUAAGAGUGAACGAACGGCAGAGUAAAUAGCAAACAUUAUCUUAAAGUAUUUAAGCAUAUAUCAUACUUUAUAUACAUUCAGGUAAUAAUUCUCGAGCAAGGCACUUAGCGUUCUCAGAAAACCUUACCUAGCGCUACCAACUUCGUUUGAUUGAUUUAAUGUUUUAGGAUAAGCUUCAUGGCAAAUUUAUCCAACAAUGGAAUGGUGUCUUCUCUUGAGACAAAACAUGGCGAAUCACAAGAGGAACAACCCAGUAGCUUCAAAUACAAAUGCAUGAAACAGUACAUGUGCGAGAAAGUAGAAAAUGAUAGCAACAAGGUGGUUUGCUUAACGGUACAUCGGUUUUUUCGAAAGAUUCGCGGUCAUCUAGAGGAAGUGCGAUCAUUGAAUGGAUAAUUAGAACUAGAGGUUGAUUAGGAGCAUUUAUCUUGGAGCAUUCCAUUUCUGUGAUUCCCAAUUUACAAUGUGAAAUGAUUUGCUAUCCAACUGCAAAUCUUGGCAUGCCUUCGUAAAAGCGGCUUGUCGAGGUGAAUUCAUAACCUGAGGUUGAUUGGCAUCUAAGAUCUUUCGUAAAGCAUUUUCAGCCAAACGGGAUUCUUUCGUAGCAAGCUCCCGUAUCCGUCUAGGAGACGUGGGUCUCACUGGGUACACGGGGCUAGCUAAAUAAGUAUGAGAAGCAGGAAAAGGCGGCAAAUGACUUGCUACAUAAUUAGGACGGUUUUGAGAAACAGCCAAAGAACCCAGCAAGUGAGAUAUCAUGCUAGAAUCCAAAGAUGAUUUAAAUCGAUCCGGUAUAUCAGCCGACUUGUGAAUUCUUUCUUCCAAAUUUUUGAUGAAGUCCUUAGAUAAAGGCUUGUAUACUGUUUGUAACUCUUUUCGAAGACCUGACACAGGUAUAUUGCUCAAGUUGAACCAAUGUGCAACGUCUUCAGUAGUGGGUUCAUUAUGUUUUCCGAUUUGUGUAUGGAUUGCUAAUUCGUGAAAUAAAGUCUUAAGAUCUGAAGAACCAGUUAGCUAUGUUAAUGAAUUGUGAUUUUUCUCAUACGUUUAUCGAUUGCAUCCAAAAACAUUCGUUCAGCAGCUUUCGUUAUUCCGUCA